UGGCUCUCAUGUAUGAUAUUUGUGUAUGGCUUUGUAAGAGCUAAUGAAUGCCCAGUCUGGCCAGAAUCCAGAGUAUGCCAUGAAAAUGCAAGGGGCUUCUGUUAGAAUAAUUCAGUUAGGAGCCAGAAGAUCUCCAGUGGUUCAUCAGUGCCUACUUCCUUUGUGCUCCUUGGUGUUCUCUGCCAGCAGGCUCUCAGACAAAAGUCAAGAUGGAGAUCUAACUCUACAAGAACUUUUUAACCUAACUUUGUUGCAGAACCUUACUUUCAUCCAUUGCCUCUGUUUGUUCUCAGCUGCCCUACCGCAGCUAACCAGCUUUCUUGGUGCUACCAAGCCAGCUGAUACCACAGACAUGUUUCAGAAAUGAUUUUCUUUUAAUGAUUGGAUCACGCCACAAAUCUGAUGUGAAAUAAUCAGGUAGGAAGCAGUAACAUGAGACACGGAAAUCUGCGAAAGAGAACAACGUGGAACUGCAUCCCCAGAAAAAAAAGAUAGUCUCAAAACCUGCAGAUGUGCUAAAUGGACUGUCUUCCCUGGCAGAGCAGUUAGGAUGGGUGCUCCGUGUACUGAUGCUCUGAGUUACGUUUUUCCAACAGCAAAUCUGACUCAAUUAAAAUUCCUUCUCAUCUUCCCAUCUCACACAUUUCCCGUGCCUUCCUCCAUCCUACCACUGAAGGUUUGUGAUCUGUAGCAUGGAAUAAAUCCCACAGAUCAGCCACAUCAUUCAAGUCUAGUUAGAACACAGGCAACAGAAGGUGUAAGUUUGUCAUCCUUUACGGUGUGCUCCUACUUCAUUCCUACUGUUCCUCAGGUUUGAAGAAAAUCCUCACGGGAUGUUUUCUAGAGCCUCAGACAUUGCUACAGCUAUUCAGUGACAUCUUCAAAGUGCAGUAUUUCAUUUUCACAGUAACAGAAAUGAUGUUUCUAGGAAACAUCUUUGCUUUCAGUCCUUCUACAAAGGACAACAAAAUCUGAUAGAACCCAGGAGAGAAUGUAGAUGAGAGGAAGCACACUUGGGGCAAAAACAAGAGACGUGGCUGUUACUGCAGGCCAGGAAUGCAGUUCUGCUUCUUUUCUGCUAUGCUGCACCAGAUAACAGUAAAAGGGCUCAGGACUUUCCUUUCCAACAAAUAGCCAUUACGGCUACUGGUUUUAGAAGGAAUGAUGAUAACGCCACGGCAGAGAAAGGAGAUGAGAAGCACACAAUUCCCUGCACAACUUCAUUACACACAGAAAGGAACUCAGCAACAGAUGUGUGCCGUUGUCACGGUUUUGUCGGCCGCUGUCUUGCAGGCACCCCGUGUUUCCAAGGGAUUUGAACACACGUCAGGCUGCAUUUCCAGAAAUAGCACAGCACAGAACAAAUAGCCCGCUUCCUAUAUAAGGUGCUUCGGAAAGCAGCAGUUUGGUGAAGCAACAAAGGGAACCGGCAAAGUUUCAGAGCAUUUCUAAGCUUUCGCCAGUUUUCCUCCAUAAUUUCUCUCUGCUAACCUGUCUGCUCCAGUUAUUACAUCUCAGUUACAGAAGAGAACACAAAACAAUUGCACAACGUUCAAAUCAGGAGAAAUAAAGCACCGCCUCAUGAAGACAAUCAUGCUUCUCAGAGUUGUUCUGCUAGGAAUUCUCCUUCUCAGCAUCCUCGGGACAGAGACUGCUCUGGCUGGCUCUAGUUUUUUAAGCCCCGCAUAUAAAAACAUACAGCAACAAAAGGAUACAAGAAAACCAACAGCAAGAUUACAUCGCCGAGGCACAGAAGGCUUUUGGGAUACAGACAAAGCAGAGGGGGAAGAUGACAAUAACAGUGUUGAUAUCAAGUUUAACGUUCCUUUUGAAAUUGGUGUCAAGAUAACAGAAAAAGAAUAUCAAGAAUAUGGACAAGCAUUGGAGAAGAUGCUACAGGACAUUCUUGAAGAGGAUGCUAAAGAAACUCCGACAAAAGACUGAAGCGAACUGAAGGACACCCACAGCACUAGAUGGCCUGGUUUGAGUUUUACUUUAAAAUGAACUGAAUUUACGUCUCUAAGAAGAAAGGAGGACAUGAACUUGAGUAGUUUGCUCUAAGAAAAAGACAAGAAUCUACAAGCAAAACUUCAAAGGGCAAUGUGAAUCACAGGCUGACAUGUAGGCUUAUCUUAUUUCCUUCUUUAGUAUCUACUGUGAUUAUUUUAAACGAUGUAUUUGAAAGCUGUAUGAAUCCUUUCUGCGACUGAUGGAAAGUCCAUCUUAUGCUUCUACAGACAUCUGUA